AACAGCUGAGGUUGGCGGACAAGUUUGCAGAGUUCUGUUUUAGAGCCGUGGUGAACAGAGCUUGCUGACGAGAAGUGAGACAUUGGAAGCACCUGGCAAACUAGCAAUACCUAAGCUUCUUUUGACAACUUUUUUUCCUCACAUGAGACUGGUGGUCAGUAAUAUUUCUACCUCUCUUUUAGUCUGAGGGCAUUUUGUUAUACAUUUUCCGCGCCUGAGAGUUACAUUUAAAAGCCGUUUGAAUGUAUAACAUGAUGGAAACCGAGAUCAAGAGCCCGCUCCCGCAGUCCAAUUCGGGCUCCGCUGCGGGCAACAAGAACAACAGUGCCAACGACCAGGACCGGGUGAAGAGGCCUAUGAACGCUUUCAUGGUGUGGUCCCGUGGACAGCGGAGAAAGAUGGCACAAGAGAACCCUAAAAUGCACAACUCUGAGAUCAGCAAGCGGCUCGGUGCAGACUGGAAACUUUUGACCGACGCAGAGAAGAGACCCUUCAUCGACGAGGCCAAGCGUCUGCGCGCCAUGCACAUGAAGGAGCAUCCGGAUUACAAAUACCGUCCCCGCAGGAAGACCAAAACCCUGCUCAAGAAAGACAAGUAUUCUUUGCCAGGAGGACUUCUAGCGCCAGGUGCCAACGCUGUUAACAACGGCGUCUCGGUGGGACAGCGGAUGGACAGUUAUGCACACAUGAAUGGCUGGACAAACAGUGCGUAUUCCCUCAUGCAGGACCAGUUGGCCUACCCUCCGCAUCACAGCAUGAACAGCCCUCAGAUCCAGCAGAUGCACCGGUAUGAGAUGGCAGGGCUCCAGUACCCCAUGAUGUCCUCGGCGCAGACCUACAUGAACGCAGCGUCCACGUACAGCAUGUCCCCAGCAUACACGCAGCAGACCUCCAACGCCAUGGGCUUGGGCUCCAUGGCAUCCGUGUGCAAGACCGAGCCGAGCUCACCUCCACCGGCGAUUACCUCCCACUCCCAGAGAGCGUGUUUGGGGGAUCUGAGGGAUAUGAUCAGCAUGUACCUGCCUCCGGGUGGAGACGGCGCGGAUCACUCUUCCCUUCAGACCAGUCGGUUACACAGUGUACAUCCGCACUAUCAGACCGCGGGGACUGGCGUGAACGGAACGCUACCCCUAACCCACAUUUGAAAAAAUGACUAAACUUAAGUACUUCGGAUACUUGAACAUUUUGAUUGCUAAAAAGAGUCGACGUUCAGUAGUUUUGUUUAAAACAAUGAAAUUGUAUUUUUUAUCUCAAUGAGUUGUCCAUGUUAAAAGCAUUUUUAAAACUACAUAUCCUGGACUGAAGUUGAAUGUUGAGCCCACCAGAGUAAAUUGCAUUGCAAAGAGUCUUUUAUCAUGAGUAUACGCAAUCAAAUUCUGUAGGAGAAAUGGACUUCUAUAUUUUAAUGCCAUUUUUUUCUCUAUGAAAAAGGCAUAUGGCCUCAUGAAGACGCCAUUGUAUUUCAGAAAAGCUGGAUGGAGAGUUGGAUCAUAAAUGUUUACACUUAAUUUGUAGAAUGUCCGUUUGUGUCGGCUGUGUCAAUCUUUGUAGUCUUUUUCUUUAUGACCUAGGUUUUAAUGAACUGUAAGACUGUGCGGGUCGCAAGCGCAAGUUUAUUUAUAGUACGUUGUUUUUUAAGCUUGUGAACCCUCUGUAGGCCUACGUCAUGUUCCAUUUUUUUUGUUUUGUGACAAUUUCCCUUUCUGUGAUGUUUUGACAGUGUCAGGUUAACCCAUAUCAUGGGCCAAGAGGUUUUAUUUAAAACUGACGUUUCUACUUUAAGACCAUCCUCUAUUCUUUAAAUGAUGAAUAAAUUUGUACGAAACAAGA